AUGGCGUACGACCGAUACAACCCAUACGGGUCAUCUCCGUACGAUGCCACCGAUGGUUAUGGUGCCACCGAUGAUUAUGGUGCCACCGAUGGUUAUGGUGCCCCCUUUAGGACCGAGGACCGAGAAUACGGCCAGGAACAUCGUGGGAGACAUUGGGAUUCAUAUCAUCAAUCUUCCCGGCCUCGCGACAGCCACCGCAACCGUGACCGUGACCACAGGAACCGUGACCACAGGGACCGUGACCACAGGGACCGUGACCACAGGGACCGUGACCACAGGGACCGUGACCACAGGCGCCGUGAGCGAAGCCGGCCCCCUGAAACAGGCCGCACGCGCCCAGCACCUCGGCAGGAGCGUGAUCCUCUCUACGGUGAUCCUUUCACGAGAGAUGGGGGACGCGAUCGUGCCGGCGGCGCUGCCCGAGCGGGCGUGCCCAUGGACGACGAGUCCUACCGCAGCCUCCGUACCCGCGUGAGAUCGAGGAUGCAAAACGGCUCGGGCUUUUCCCCCGGGCGGUUCGAGAAGCUGUUUGCCGAGGUCAUGAACGACAUGGGAUAUGCGUCCUUGAAUGACGGCCCGACCACGCCUCGUAGAGCAGGAGGAGGCGGGGAAGCAAGGACGGAUUAUGACAGCUACAUCCCUCCUGGAUCUGGGUAUGCGCCCGGCGCUCGCAGUGCUGGGGUUUACCCCGACGGCAGGCGGCAGCGGCCGACCGCGCCGAGGCAGCAGUUCCAGUAUGAGUAUGUGGGAACGACGGGCCCGGAUGGCGAGAUCAUUGAUGGCACCGUGUCGGUCCACGUCGUCGACGAAAUGCGCUCCGGGGCGCCGCCUGAAGCGUCGAAGCCAGUUUUGAGGUGGCCAUCUGGCAUGGCGCGCGAUUAG